GCUCCCGAGUCUCAGCCACUAUUUUCCGUCGACGUCUUCAAUUCACUGGACCUAGUUAUAUAGCCGUAGACCGAUACGGGAUCCCCAUCUAGGCUUGUUUUAGAUACAGAUACUAGUAUAAGUACUAGCAUUAAUGUGGGGGAGAAAUUGUCGCAUUAAGAGCACAGCUGCCACAGCGUCGCCAGCCAGGUGCACUGGUGUUAGAACUCGAGCAUUCCGUGGAAGAUUUCUGGUUCAUCCGGUCCGACCACUUUCCCUCUACUGCCCCUCCUGCCCCUCCGUCUCCCCCUCUCCCCCUCCUUUCGCUUCCUCACCACGUUCCCGCCAUCUUUCGAUUCUUCCAUUUUCCUCGCGCACACAUUUGCUUCCUACCUCCAUUUGUACUGGCCAUUUACCCUCCUCCGCACGGUGUUGCUCCUCCGACUUUCGUACCCGCACAAUGGUAUCAAAAGACAGGGACAUUCUUCCGGACGUGGCCAAGCCAGUUCAUUACGAUGUGUCUCUCUUUGAUCUACAGUUCGGUGAUUCCUGGGGUUACAAGGGUAUCGUCAAGGUCAAUGCCAGAGUCACCCGCCCCACGAAGGAGAUUGUGCUCAAUUCCAAAGAAAUUGAGGUUCAGAAGGUCGAGGUCCAUGGAGAAGAUGGAACCAAGCUCUUGGAAGCAUCAGAUAUCGUCUACGAUAAAACCUCAGAACGUGUGGCUUUCAAAUUUCCGUCGGAGAUUGCGCCCUCUAAUAUUCUCCUCUCGGUCAAUUUCACCGGAAUUAUGAACAAUGCCAUGGCCGGGUUCUACCGCUCUAAAUACACCCCCGUCGUGGAACCCGCCGGAGAUACCCCCAAAGAAGGCGACUUCCACUACAUGUUGAGCACUCAGUUCGAAUCUUGCGACGCGCGUCGAGCGUUUCCAUGCUUUGACGAACCGAACCUGAAAGCCACUUUCGAUUUCGAGAUCGAGGUACCCAACGGCCAAAUUGCCUUGAGCAACAUGCCCAUCAAAGAUGAGAGAGAUGGACAUACCCCGGGCCGCAAAGUCGUUUCCUUCGAGAGAACUCCUGUCAUGAGCACCUAUCUUCUGGCAUGGGCUGUUGGCGAUUUCGAAUACGUGGAGGCGAUGACCCAGCGUAAAUAUCAGGGAAAGAGUAUACCAGUCCGUGUCUAUACUACAAGAGGUCUGAAAGAGCAAGCUCGAUUUGCUUUGGAAUGUGCUCAUCGCACCGUUGACUACUUUUCCGAGAUCUUCGAGAUAGAGUAUCCCUUGCCUAAGGCAGAUCUUCUUGCCGUCCAUGAAUUUGCCAUGGGUGCCAUGGAAAAUUGGGGACUGGUAACCUACCGAACUACUGCUGUUCUGUUUGAAGAGGGCAAGUCCGAUACCCGUUACAAGAAUCGCAUUGCCUAUGUAGUCGCUCACGAAUUGGCCCACCAAUGGUUCGGCAACCUCGUCACGAUGGAUUGGUGGAACGAGCUAUGGCUUAACGAAGGGUUCGCAACCUGGGUCGGUUGGCUUGCUGUAGAUCACUUCUACCCUGAAUGGAAUAUCUGGUCUCAGUUUGUUGCUGAAGGUGUCCAACAAGCUUUCCAGCUCGACUCUUUGCGAGCAUCACAUCCGAUUGAGGUACCUGUUCGCAACGCUCUCGAAGUGGACCAGAUUUUCGAUCACAUAAGCUAUCUCAAGGGAAGCUCGGUCAUCCGCAUGCUAAGUGAUCAUCUCGGCCGGGAAACUUUCUUACGCGGGGUAGCCGCUUAUCUCAAAGCUCACGCAUACGGAAAUGCUACCACAAAUGACCUAUGGUCGGCUCUUAGUGAAGCAUCUAACCAGGAUGUCACUAGCUUCAUGGAUCCUUGGAUACGCAAAAUCGGUUUCCCGGUGGUCACUGUCACGGAGGAGCCGGGCCGAAUCAACAUCCGGCAAAAUCGCUUUCUCUCGACGGGUGAUGCCAAACCAGAGGAGGACGAAACGACAUGGUGGAUCCCCCUUGGAAUCAAGUCGGAACCGGAGGUGACCAACACACGUACUGGCGCUCUGGUGUCUAGAUCAGACUCAAUCGCCGGUGUUGGCCAGGGAUCUUUUUACAAGAUAAACAAGAAUCUCUCUGGGUUCUACCGUACUAGCUAUCCUGCUGAUCACUUGGCUAAACUUGGCCAGUCCUUACAUUCCUUGAGUACUGAGGACAAGAUUGGCCUUAUCGGCGAUGCGGCUGCCCUUGCCGUUUCCGGCAAUGGUACCACUGCCGCUCUAUUAGCCCUAUUGAGCGGUUUCAAGGAAGAGAAAAAUUAUCUUGUUUGGUCUCAAAUCUCAACUUCCGUCGCAAAUCUACGUUCUGUAUUUGCCCAGAACGAUUUAGUGGCGUCAGGGUUGAAGAAAUUUACUCUGGAAUUGGUCUCACCCGCUGCUGAAAGAAUUGGGUGGGACUUCAAGCCGGAUGAUGAUUAUCUUACUGUACAGCUCCGCAAGCUUCUGGUUGGAAUGGCAUGCCAUGCUGGCCAUAAAAGCAUGAUUUCCGAGGCUACCCGACGCUUCAAACUUUGGAGCACUGCUAGAGAUAAAAAUGCUGUGCAUACCAAUUUACGUUCUGUUAUCUUUGGUGUUGCAGUCUCGGAGGGCGCUGAUCAAGCGUACGAGUCUGUAAAGGGAGAAUAUUUGAAAACAGAUUCUGUCGACGGCAAAGAGAUUUGCUUAGGAGCUCUCGGACGGACGAAGAACCCUGAUCUGGUUACUGACUAUCUCAAUUUUGUCUUCUCGGACAAGGUUGCUAUCCAGGACAUACACAACGGCGCUGUCUCACUCGCUUCAAACUCAAGCUCUCGCCAUCUGCUCUGGGAAUACAUGAAAGCGCACUGGGGCAUGGUUGAGUCUCGUCUGUCGACAAACAAUGUUGUCUUCGAGCGCUUUGUGCGCAUGGGACUCGCCAAGUUUGCGGAUCACACCAUUGAAGCCGAUAUUUCCGCAUUCUUCAAGGAUAAGGAUACAAGUGCUUAUGAUCGCGCUCUGGUCAUUGUGGCUGAUAGCAUCCGCACAAAUGUGCAUUAUAAAGAGAGAGAAGAAAUUCCGGUCCUAGAGUGGCUCCGGGCUCACGGAUAUGCUUGAUUGUUCAGGAUCGGCGGUUGUGGUUCGUGUGUAGUUAGUUGCCUCCUGAUGCAGGCCUGCGUCGCUAUGAUAAUCACUUGAGCAACACCUAGUGAGACUUAGAGUAGGGUUCGUGACAUGAGAAUGAGAAGGUCAUUUGCGCGAAGCUACGAAU